AUGGAACACCUCCUGCUCCUCUCCAGGUUGGUUGGUCUCAUUCUUGACCGCCAGGCAGACAGCAGCAAUGGCAUGGAAGAAGCGCUGGAGGAGGCGUGCACGCGUCAUGAUCUAAGCAUGCUUUCUGUUGGGUGCGAAGCCGGUCUUGAUGUUCGUGUGUCGGGGGGUCACGACGAUGAUAACAAGGAUCACAAGGAGGAUUGCAGCGACGAAGAGAGCGAGGCCUGGGUCUUGUUUUCAUCUCUGAUAAGGUUUGAAGUCGAUUGUCGAAGUCACGAGCGAGGGGAAGAAGCCGGUCGCCAAUACCUUCAAGGUGUAAGAGAUUUGUUCAUGAACAAACCUUGCUUCCUGAAGUUCUUGAGAUUGGUGAAGCAGCUCAUGGUAAGCGUUUUCGUGCCGAGCCCUUUGAUUUCCUAUUGUCAAGACUUGAUCAAGACGGACGUGGAGGACCAGCUUCGGGAGGAGGCAGAGGCAGCCAUGUCCAGCUUCAUCGAAGGAGUGAUGGCUAACGACGGAACGGACGCAUACCAUCCCAACGAUGCGAAUCCUUGUGGGGACGAGAAGCAGGACGGCGCUCGAAUAUUGCGAGAGCGAAAAUUAGCUCGUCUGGCCCAAAGUGCGCUAGAGAAAAGCUCGUCGACCAAUCCCUUUGGAGACUCGUUCAACAUAGUUCAUGCAUUGAUUCCCGGUAUCUGCUCCUGUGCUCACUCUUGUGUGCCGAAUGCCCUGGUAGAAGCUGCGUAUGACGAGCAAGGGAGGAAUCUGAUUCGGGUUGUUGCUCUCAGAGACAUCGGGGAUGAUGAAGCAAUCUCUAUCUCCUUCAUUGAUCACAACCAGCCGAUAAAUGAACGAACCGCAGCAUAUCGCGAGCGGUUCGGGCUGAAAUUUUGUCCAUGCAUGAGGUGCAACUAUGAGCGAGGAUCUGUCACGGAUCUCAACGUUUCUCAGCUUCGAGCUCUUGGCGAUCUUGCGAUGCAGCAACAUCGUUAUCAAGACGCCUACGAACUUUACGGGAAUAUUUUAGCUCUGCACCCAAACGAGCCGGAAGCCUUGUUUGCUCGUGGUGGGGCUCUGCUGGAGGCUGGUUUGUGGGUUCAUGCGCAUCAAGCCUUUCGAGAAGCUGCUCUCCUAGCGCCAGGGCAUGAGCGACUGACUGCCCUCCACCUCAAGGAGAUGGCGUAUUCUCUUGAGGUAGGGUCAGACCCGGAGAAGUGGGGUGACGAAAGGGAACACGGAAAACAGUCGUGUCCUCGCUUCCAUCCUGUUGUUGAGGGCAGAGCAUUUGUUACAUACGGUGAACAUCCCGUCGUUCCGCUCGCUGAGUGUCAACUGGCUGUGGAUAUGGCGGAAGCAGCCGCAUCGCGAAGGGGCUGGGACCACUGCUCGCUCUUCAAUAUGCGACAUCUUCCUGUUCACAGAGAUCAAUCGACUCAUUCAUUCACUAUUGCAUUGAAUGCUAGGAGCUGCUAUGAAGGUGGUCUCGGAACAGCGAUAAAGCCCGAGCAAGGACAUGUCCUGUCAUUCGAAGGCGACAUGUUGCAUGGAGGAGAACCCAUUACGUCGGGCGUCAGGUACAUCCUGGCAGCGUUUACGUACAUCGACGUGCCAUCACCGGAACGAUCUACAUUUUCCGUCACAUCGUCUGACUGGCCCGACUCUUCUCCUCACUCUCGCAACAAGAGGACUCGAGAUGAGCAAGCACAAGAUAGCCGGAUGCCGAGAGCAAAGAUCGACUGGCUGGGGGAGUCGAAUACGGAGGCUUCAUUCUCAUUCAACUUCAGCUGA